AUGUCUACCAGACUCUUCCGCCCUUUACAACGCAUCGUGACAUCUUCACUUGCAUCAACAUACCGAACCUUCCACUCUACAUCGCCCAACAUGGUUGUCCACAACGUCCGCAACGCCGAGGAAUGGAAGGAGACCCUCAAGAACAACAGACUUGUUCUUCUUGACUGCUUUGCCACCUGGUGCGGUCCCUGCAAGGCUAUCGCGCCCCUUCUGCUCAAACACUCCAACAACGAGGACUUCAAGGACAUUCACUUUGUCAAGAUUGAUGUCGACGAGGUCCCCGACGUGAGCCAAGAACUCGGCAUCCGUGCCAUGCCUACCUUCAUGUUCUUCAAGGACGGCAACAAGGCUCAGGAAAUCGUCGGUGCCAACCCCGUUGCCCUUGAGAAGACCAUCGCCACUAUCGCCGCCGGACAUAAGGAGGAAACGGCCAAGGAGGCGGAGGCGGCUGAGAAGGCCGCCGCCGCCGCCGCCGAGAAGCCCGCCGAAUCAACUGAGGCGAAGCAGGAGUAG